AGCCGUACAAGUGUCAGGGUACGGGACAUGAAGAGGCAGCAAGCGUUAACCGGCAACCGGCCGGUUAAUCAACAGCCCAUAACAGAGGUUGAGAGGCGAGUUAUGGCGCUCAUCGGCAGCGAGUACAUUGAGGGCAAUGGAAGAGUUGUCAAAAAUGUGCCUGUGGAAGAGGAUGGAGACGAUAGUGUUACCUCCGUACUACCGACUACCACAGCAGCUGACGAUGGCGAGGUGAUGUGUGCGACACCCCGUAUUCCUGCUAAAAGGACUCCGCGUAGGAGUCUAAAAAGGAAGCGAGAAGAUGAGGAGAAGGAGAUGCAGGCCAAGUUCCUGGAAGUGUCCAGCAAGCAAGCAGAUGCUUGAAAGGUGUGGCGCGAUCUGAAAAGCCGUACAAGUGUCAGGGUACGGGACAGGAAGAGGCAGCAAGCGUUAACCGGCAACCGGCCGGUUAAUCAAGAGCCCAUAACAGAGGUUGAGAGGCGAGUUAUGGCGCUCAUCGGCAGCGAGUACAUUGAGGGCAAUGGAAGAGUUGUCGAAAAUGUGCCUGUGGAAGAGGUAAUAUGGAGUCAGGUGAUAUUUUGAUUCCUCAUUUCUAAAGCUUUUUAUAUUCCUCAAUCGAAUUUGCAAUUGCAUUUGGAGGAUGGAGACGAUAGUGUUACCUCCGUACUACCGACUACCACAGCAGCUGACGAUGGCGAGGUGAUGUGUGCGACACCCCGUAUUCCUGCUAAAAGGACUCCGCGUAGGAGUCUAAAAAGGAAGCGAGAAGAUGAGGAGAAGGAGAUGCAGGCCAAGUUCCUGGAAGUGUCCAGCAAGCAAGCAGAUGCUUGAAAGGUAAAUUCUCAUUAAAACGAUUAAUGUCUGUGCGUCCAGUACUAGGUAUAAUGUAGGAUUCACGUUUGUAUUAAAACUAAGAAAUAUUUUUUAUCAGACUUACCCCUCUAUUCUAACAGAGACACA